GUUUUUGUAAAGGUUUAAUAAAUGAGGGAAUUCUAAGCUGUUGGAUAAUCCCAGCGCUUUGUGAGUUUUGUUUUAUUUUAGGUUUGUCACAGCGUGUAGCUCUGUGAGGCGGUUGUUGUUCUGAGAGGCAUAGAGCUUUCCUCUUGUCAGCCAUUGAUUACGCACAAGCUCUUGAAUACUCUCGGUAGGAAACAGAGCGCUCUGAUUGGCUGGCGGCUUCAUGUGGGAGGAAUUUGCUUCGCUGAUUGGCUAAGCGGGACUCGAGUUUACAUGUCUUCAUAUUAUCUUUCAUCACUCGAAAUCAACAUUUAGGAAUGGCAGUGCAAAGAGAGGUUUUAGUGUGAGUCGAGGAAUCGUUGAUGUUUUACCGCGUUUACAGAGAGCGUUUGAGUAUUCUACCUUAACAAUAGAUAACAUGCAAUGGACAUGUUUGGCUGUUCGACAGCUCCUUUAUAUGCUUGCUUCGUUCACAGCACUAAUGAAAGGUAAGUUAUAAAUAUGCUUCGCACACUGUGAGAAUUUUACAAUGUUUCAAGUGCGAAUUCCAAGCUCUGCCGCUUCGUUGGCGAUUCUACAAUACCCAAGGGAAUCUUUGCAACAUUGUACGGCUCUAAGGGGCGGGGAGUGCAAUGUAUUUGCUUGUAUGUUUCGGUCGAAAUGAAAUACAGCGAUGUACAUGAUUUGUAUCGAUCGGGAAUCAAUACCUCUCGUCAAACCGCAAGCAAAGCAUUGUGUUGGGGGUAAAUUUUAUCCCUUUCGCGAACCACCUCUGUUUGUACUCGAUUAAAAACUUCCUUCUCGUAAAAUGCACACUAAAUCGAACAAAAUUUGCCUUCUAUGAACUACGGAUCGAACCUCGGUGACCUUUCGGGGUUCGAUAAUUUAGGGAUCUGUGUUAGUGAGUAUAUUGUAUGUUUACAUUGUAAGCCGUGCAUAGUUAAGUCGGUAAAACACGGUAUAUUGUGUGCUUGAAUACGCUAUAAAUCGUUGCAUUUGACAGAAGUUAUGUACGGCAUAGAAAAGUAAUGGUUUUGGGUAUUAGCUAAGAGAGAAUAUGAGAAAUGCUUUAGUGAGGACUUGUUAAAUUGCGUGAUUUAGACAUACAAUGAUUUCGCGGCAACAUGAGAGCGUGACAUUAUUUCGGUUCAUGUCAUGUUAUUGUUUUAAAUGUUCGCAAAUCUUUAUGCUCGACUAAUGUUGUUUAUGUCGUUUUUUGAGUCAACAAUUUGAAACAACCAACACAUAUUUACGUACAACGAAACGUCACAAGACGUUGUAAAGAUAGUAUUUAGUAAGGAAAUGUCCUAAUGAUACUUUGUUUAGCUGAUAAAAUGAUUUUAAGCGAUUUGGAUGGCUUUACAAAGUGUUGUACGACAUCACAAGGAUUUGACUGAUAUCGUCAACAAAAUCGUUUUCGGAAGUAAGAUCAAAAUAUGUUUUCCAACAAUAACUAUAAGAACGGUACCCCUAUAUGUUAUAGUUAUUUCUUAACUUGUAUAUGUGUUUUUAACUAGGUAUGGAGCCCCCAAUACGGGCUGAUAUGCUAAAGUUUACGAAUGAACCAAACGCUACAGUUUAUUAUAUUCAGAACAAUAAUAGCUCAUUUCUUGUGCCUUGUGAAGCGGCUGGCAACAACGGGCCUUUGAAAACAUUUUGGAGAAAUGAAACUGUUUUGAAUUCGCGUGUUGUAAUCAAAACAACAGCUAAAGGGUUAUGGUUCAUUCACGGAGUUCAGCGUUCGGGGUCGCCAGCAGUUCAUCGUGUUGGCAUAUUUCGAUGUAUGGCCAGAAACACUGCGGGUGUUGUGAUGAGCAAGAAAUUUGAAUUGAAUUUUAUACGUAAGUUGAAAAUAUGUUUCAUCCCUUUUAGCGAGUCCAUGUUUUAAACCUCUUGGGAAUAGUAUAUACAUGUAUGAUUUAUGCGUAUGAUUUGCAUGUUAUAGCCUCUCGAUUCUCAUAGUUAUUCUAUGAACAAGGAAUAUGAAUUGGUUUUUAUGUGUACAGAAGACUGAAAUUUCUGUCAUUCCCUGUAUCGAGUCGCUGAUUUAUGUGUAAACCGGGCAGGAAUCACAUUAUGUAUGGUUUGUAGCCAUUCUAUACCUGUUUGCUGUUUAAGCCUCACAUUUAAAUGCUAUUCUGUGAGCAAGAUUUUAAAUUGAGUUUUUGAAAUUUGAAAUUAUAUCAAUGUUUGUGUACGAGCAAUCAAAUACAUAUGUAUGUUUUCGCGCACAACACAUACAUGAGACGCAUUGCUAUGCUAUUCGAAAUCAUUGCUAAACUAUGCAUUAAGCUCAUUCCACGCUUCUGGCAAAUUGUGCAUGUGGGCAUUACGAACUUGGAUUGUGAUAUUAUAGGCCAAUAUUGUGGUUGUGAAAAUAUGAAACAAAGCCCAAAUAAUUGCUACUUUCUGUGAAUCGAACUUCGAACAAUCGUUCCAAAAUGUAUCUAAAGUGCGAGCUUGUUCCUUUCAGUCAUGGGUUUAAAAGGGUGACAAAAAUUCUUUAGUUUCCUGUCGGCUUGUUAUUUGAACUAAAUACAGUUUCAUUGGACCUUUCUAGAGAGUCUAACCCUUCUAAAUACAUCAGUUAAAAUACAAAUAUAUUCGCGAGUAUGUUAGGCGAAGUGUUUUCUGUAAAAACGGGGAACAGUUGCGUUGCGUGGCUAAGAUUCCUUAAUCUUUUUGGCUCGUAGCCUUCGCAAUUUCGUCAGAGAGUACUUCUGGAGUUUAUCUCAAAUCUGACACUUGAGUUCAUUCCUUAGCCAGUAAUCCAGCCUGAUGGCUGAUGCUUUAUCGGAUUAAUAUAUCAGACAAUUUGUGCCUGUAAGAAAAACAACGCGUUGGACAGUUUUUGGGACCAAAUGAGAUCAGGGCAGGAGAACACUAGCCAGAUUUAUGUCAAAAAUGACGGAUAAAGCUUGAUCUUCCUUAAUCCCUAACGUUAUCUGAUCCUCUGGGGUCACAGUCACUAGAAAUUACUGCUUUGCCCCCAACCAAUUACAGAGAGUUUUUAAAAAUAUCAGCUCGUAUCUUUCCGCUGUAAUGCGGAUCUCACACGCAGGGCCAUGACAUGACUUUCUUUGCGAUCUUAAAUCACCAUAAUUGCUACAAAUUGCUUUGUGUUUCUGGCCCUAGCGACCUUUGAUGUAUGUUUAUUAAAGUGACUUUCAAAUGUAGCAAUUACAAUCGAAUUCGUUCGAUUUCCCACGAGUGGAAAGUUCCCACGUUUGGUACAUUUCAUGUUGCAAGCAUUCCCCGCGAAAUUGACAACUCUUGCAAUAGUGCCGUGUUUUAAGAUAUUACAGCGUUUAGCUUCAUAUUCAAAGCAAAUACUUUGCCACUUAAGAUCGUUUAUGCAAUAUUAUACAAAGGGUCUUUCCUAUUAUAUUAUAAUAGCGAAAGAAUAAUGCCCAAAAAUUUCUCUCAACGGCGAAAAUACGUUGCUUUUACAUGUUUAUAUGCGUUAUAUUUAAAGCGAAUUACCCAAAACUUGGAGUCUAAAACAUUCCGAAGUAAAGCAAAGAAGACAAAAAUGCAUUCCAACAUUUAUUAUUUUGAUGAUGAUAUGAACAGCAAAGGAUAUUUUAACGACUUGUACUUUAAUACUAAGCCAAAUAUUAAUGGCAAUUGUGUACAAUAUGGACAGGUCUAGAGAUUGUCAAAAUGGCACUUUUUUACGUUGUUGGAAAUUUUCUAUAAAUUCUCCAUCGAGAUCUACGCAGAUUCGUUUUCGCAGCCUUCCUUGUGGUGUAGUGAAACAAAAACCUUUCUUGAUUUUUGUAAUCAGAUCGCGAUAUCUCGUGGGUUUUAUUUGUUGAAUUUACAAGCAAAUUUAAAUGUAAACAUCGGUUAAUAAAAAACAAGCGCGGUGUAUCACGUACGCGCGUGGUUUAUAAAUACAUUGCACUUUAAAGGCUGUUCCAAGCUCUUCAUGAGUCGCCUUGCUUCGCACAUUCCCCCUCGAGGGCUUUUUUUGUGAUAUUUGUUUACAUGUAUAUACUUUUAUUCAAAACCACAAAUUAUAGUUUGACAGUGUUGUUUACAAGUGUUUCGUUCAAAUAAAACAUGUAAAGUAAAUUGCCAAACAUGCAGAAAAAGCAGGCUUUGGGACUUAUAAUUGUAAAUAACAUGAUGAACAAGGACACCAACUCUCGAAAAAUAUUUGUCAUUUUGCUUCCCUGAAAUUCUAAUAUAUUAUUGUUUUAUUAAUCAGUAUAUACAUUCUGCAUGUGACACGAGUUUAUCAUUGUUAAUAUAAUAAUUGGAUGUAGAAACAUAUUAAAAAACAUACUAAAAAAGCGAGAAAAAAGUUCCAUCAUUUCCACAGAUGCAGUGAAAAGCGAACAGUUUCGUGCCAGAUACUUAAAUUGUAUUUUCAGACUUCCGCCGGUAUAUAUUAAACUAGUUGUUGAAUGAAUCUUCCUUUUUUCGACACAAAGGCUGUUUUUGGUACUUCGUGUUUGAAGGUUUAUUUUUCAGGCAAUUUCCCAACUAGAACAUGUCACACCUUACAUGUUUCUUUUAGCAAUGUAGGUUUUGUACAGAGGCAACAAAUAAUAAAUUGUUUUGUUUUUGUGGAAAACACAACACUUCAGUUGUUUUGCAAAGCUUUCGAGGCAUGCGCUCUAGUUGUCGAUGCAUUUUACUCUAGAUUCGACGCACUCAAUUCGCAUGUAGCUUUUAAAUAUUGUACAUUAUUAUGCGUUCACAUUUUGAAACAGGUGGACCUAUAUUCUUCCUGUUUUAUGAUAUUCGAGUGUUUUGCGAUGCGAUCUUUUGUGUUGUCACACUAAAGCAAAGAAUGAAGAUGAAAUAUUGUGUUUGAGGAUAACAUCUUUAUAAACAUAAUUAAUAAUGCUGAAUGCUCUGCCUUUGUUGAUAAUAAAUUUAUAACAUAUUUAUUUACAGCUUUUAUUCUAUCUUGUAGUUUUUACUAUGGUUCUCUGUUAGUUUGUUAGAGAUACAGUUGGUCAUAAGAGGAUUCUUUUAUACAUCAAUUCGAUUGUUUUACUGUAUAAGUUAGAUUAGUGGCAAGAAAUUGUGAGCAUGGCCAUACAUGGUAAUUUAGUUCCAUUUCUUUCAUUUUUCAUCCUUUAAGAGCGCUUUAUGCAAAGAAAAUGUUGGCAAAGUAGACCAUGAUCACAAUUUCAAUAUGUGACUACUUUUUUUGAUAACAUGGUCCUGUAUUCGAAAUAGCUUUGCAAGAUGCAGCAAAAAUUUUCCAGUCUAACGUGGCCUUUAGAAAUUUGAAUUUUUUUGUUGCAUAAUCUUGAAUAUAUACUGGGAAAAAUGAUAGUUUUUCUUCUAAUUUCAAUGUGCUUGGAUCAAAAACAAGUAAAGAAUAAUUUGUGAAGAGAGGAAUAUUUGUCAACACCAUGUAAACAAUAUUGAAAAAGCACGCGUGCAUGGCUUUGCCAAAAACAACAGAGAAGUUCUUCUUUUUGUUUAAUCUUAUCUUUUAGAAAAGCUUAUCUUUCUAAUUACAAUGUAUUUAGGGUGAACAAACCAAAAAUAUAAAUAAUGUUUUUGAGUAUAAUGAAAACUUAUUAUAUGAAAAUAUAAUAUAUAAAAAACCUAUAAACUUAUUAAAACUAUAUAUAGGGACCCUGUAAAUGGAGCAAUAAGCUCUGUAGGGUUAACCUGUCAAAUUAAUAUAUAUAUAUAUAUAUAUAUAUAUAUAUAUAUAUAUAUAUAUAUAUAUAUAUAUAUAUAUAUAUAUAUAUAUAUAUAUAUAUAUAUAUAUAUAUAUAUAUAUAUAUAUUACUGUAAGUGAAAUUCAGUAAUAUAUCAUAUAUAUUACUGUAAGUGAAAUUCAGUGCUGUUCAUGUGAGAUUUCCAUUUUUGCCAUUUGGUGGUCAUUUUUUCAAGGAAGUUAUAACGAUUUAUAAUGUGGCUAUUAAAAUUAUUUUGGGAAAUAAUUAAUGCAUAAUUAUUUAUAUUGCUUAAUAAUCUUGCAUUUUCUAAGAGCGAAUUAUAGGUUAAUGACCAUGUGUUUCAGGAAGAAUUAAGAAUCGUAAAAUGAAAUAGUAUAUUUUUGGCAGAUUCAAAACUAUUAUGCUUGCACCACCUGUGGUGAAGCAAUAACCAUAUCUUAAAACUUUAUUUCAUAUUCACAAUUUCAUAAAAUGAGAGGCUUGAAUGUAGAGAAUUAUAUAAUUGGCCACAAAAUAAAUAAACACUUUAACAUGUGUAGAAUUAAUUAUGUAUACAUCGUUUGUAUAUAUGAAUGUGGCAAGCCUAAGGGCAAGGUCACGUUUGCAAUUUUGAGCACGAACUAUAUGUACAAAUUUGUUACAGUUCAUAGUUUAAGAGAUAUCAAUUUGUCAAACUUUAGUCUAAAAGUCUAAAAAUUAAGGUAUAUAGCUGAAAAUUUGACAUGGGAAUAUAAAAAAUGUAAACGAAGUCGACGACCGAACUAUAAUUAUUUUCAAUGUUAUUAAUUAAAAUCUUUCAGUGCAUAUUAAAUUAUCGAAGUCAAAGACAAAGUUGGAUAAUUACAAAUAUAGUAAUUACUGUAAUUGUGUUAUCCCGCUUUAACUUGUUCGACUCCUUUAGGCAUGCACGUCUUACUAUUUUAAUUGUGUUUAUAGUUACAACGUGCGGCUAUAUAUAACUCCAUUAAUAUUACACGCAUAUGAAAAGUGCCAAGAGCCUGCAAUUUUACACGCCAAAAAAAGAAGUCAGUAAAUAUACGUGGCAAGAGCCUAGGAAAAAGACAUUUUUUUGAAUAAAGUUUUAACUUUUGACAGUUGAAAACUUGUUAUUUAUAUUAAGUUGUUGUACCAUUCAAACGAGUGAGAAAAUGAUUUCGCAUGUGUGUGAAUGCAAGUCACCAUGCAUGAAUUCACUUCUAUACGUAAUGUUUUACUGCAUAUUGAUUACUAUAUAUUAGUAAGUAAGAUAAGUAUAAUCAUCUUUAAAAAAAACCAUGCACUUGUGCAUAUUUUUCCAAAGUUGCACUCAAAACCAUACUAUUACCUAUACAAAUAUAUUGCAUAUUAUACUUCUUCCAUUCUAAAUGUUUUGCAUUGGUAUAUUUACUGAGAUUUAGAUACUUAUACCGAAGAUUCACUUAAUGGACUUAUACCGAAGAUUCACUUAAUGGAAAAGCACUCAUGGGGGCAAAGCACUCGGCACAGUGUGGGUAAAUUCAUAUAAGUGAAUCUAGUGGGGGCAACAGGAUCUGAACGCAAUAUAGACCGCUAUAAAUAUAAAACACUGACAAUGACGAAGCACUUUUUCGAUUGAUGUUUUUAAAAAUAACUAACUUUAAGCUUGGGAGAGAGUUUAAUUGAUAAAAUAAAGUAAUGUCCUGUACCGACAUCGCCCAUGAAUAACAUGGCUCUUUAGUACAACUUAUAUUAUACAUCGUUGGAGACUGAAGUUAAUUAAGGGAUAUAAAAAAAAAGUUGAAUAAUGUUUCAAGUGUUUUGCAGAAUGUGUCACAUGUCUUAUAACAGGAAGUGGCAAAAACACAACUUUGGGAGGCUGUAAAAUCCGUUUAAAAAGACCAAAUUCGAUUCUGUUUUUAUGGAGAGGUUAUGAAACAGCUACUAAUGUAAAACGACUCGAAAAUUGCGUAGCCGAAACAUUUUAAUUAGGCUUUUCUGUGCGCGUAUAAAGCAAGAUUGAUAAUCCAGAUUUCUAAUUUUUGUUGCGGUAAAAAUGUUAGCCUAAAUUUAUGUCAGGAAUCCUGCCAAUCAAUAAUGUUUCCUUUCAAGUGUUUGUUCUAGCUGUUUUCGAACACCACUUACCCUACUCGGUCAAUCUCCACGCAAACUCCAUAUUUUCGGCACAGGCAACCCGGAAAUUUCGGUUUUGUCGGCCGCCAUUGUGCGGAGGAAAUGAGGAAAGAGAUUGGGACGAGCGGACGGAACCGCAAGCUGUGGUCAACAUUCAGAGAUUGUUUUGAGAACAUAUGCGGCCUUCUUAUGACCACGAAUCAAUACGUGUAACUUUAUUUCGCCGGGUUGUUUUACUGUCCGUGAGGUCGUAAACUAUUAUGUUUAUAGGUUUUUCGGUAAUUAAUAUCAACUUAGGGUUACACUUGGGCAAAACAUGACUCGUGUCUUGUGAGUUGUGUAUAUACACACACUUGUAUUCAGGGGGUGGAGAUAUCCAUGUUCAUAUAUUGCUAGUGAGUUAAAUAUUUUUGUAGUUUGCUCAUAGCGAGGUCUGAUAUUAGGUUUAAGCAUAGUUCAAACAUUUAAGAUUAGUAUCACAAGCAUAGGGAAAGGCAAAAUUUCAAAAAAAGAAAACGAGUCAAAGAAUGAUGUAUUGUGUGCUGUGGUCUGCAGAACAUAAGUAGCCAGCGUGGCCGGCUCUUUUAUAAGUAGCUAUAGAACAUAAGCUUCGACAUUAAGACAAAUCUCUACGCCGCAGAAACCAGGGCGAUAUUUGAACAUAGUGGUAAAGCACGAUAUAUGGAAUUUAAGAUCCCUUUGGUCUUAGUUCUCUCUGUGUUUCAAGAUUUAUUUUCAACGAUGUAAUCUAAAGAAAAUAUUUUUCAUACGUGUGUUGGUGAAAAAAAACCCCAUUAUUCAGUAAGAGUGAAACCUUCAUAAAGUGUUCUCAAAUAUGAAAUAUUUUAGCGUAUAGGGAAUAUAAAAUAUUUUAGUAUAAUAUAUUUUAGUGGAGGGCUGUCAUAUGGAAUACUUCACAUAAUAAUAUAUGCUUGAGAAAUUUUUAGUAUGUACUUUGAAUUUAUUGGAAAAUACGGAAAAACGUAGUUUAUACUGCAUGUAAGCAGAGCGGAGUGUGUAUACAUAUUCAAAAAAGUAAAACUAGUGCAUUAGAGUAAAACUAGUGUAUUACAAAAGCGUUGCAUAGGAAUUAUCACAAUAGCAAGAAUUAUUCAAGCCUUUGUGUAUAUAGCAUUCCACGAAGAAUUGUUAAAGUUGCAACGUAACUGAAAGCGACAUGUAUAAUACAGAAAGGUCAAAAGGCGACAUGGAUGAUAAAUUAGGUUGACCUUAAUAAUUAUAGGUUUGUUUUUAAAACACGCCGUCCAACAGAAAGAUUAUUUGCUCUUUAAACGAGAGUGAAAAACAAAACAGAGGGCGUCGAGCCAGCGCUGUAUGAUGAAAUAUCAAUCUAUGUUAGGACAACACUACAUGGUGAACACUUUGAGGCAGCGCAUUCAUAAAGCACAGUUAGCCACGAUGUCGUUCGAUCGAAGAACGGCAGGAUUCUAUACGAUUUAAUUCAAAUGCGAGACAACGCAGCAGUAUAGCUCGUAUUUAUGACCUAUCAUGCAGAUUGCUAAUCUAAAAUGCUUUCUUGUCCAUAGCCUUGGCCGUUACGCCCACAGCAAAGUGUACACAAUGUAAAACAAUGGUCGAACUGAGCUCCAUUUUAAGAUAAUUUUAACCCACUUGUUCUCGUCGUAAUUUGAUAAAAUGGCUAGUCAGUUCACGGCCAUGUCGCAUUGAAUACUGCCAAAAUCAGUGCAUGCAUGGCAUAGUAUCCUUAGAGGUCAAAAGCUUUUCAUUUUACGUUCAAACUCCCAUCUGGUGUCUGGGACAAUGCGUGGUAAAGUAACACUCAAAUCUGUUACAAAAUCUUCCUCAGAGAUAUGAAAUACCCACUUAUAGAUAAAUUAAAUCGUACGCUGAAAAGAAUAACGAACAAUUUAUUGUCUCCAGCUAGCGGAAUUCGGGUUUCUAUAUUUACCACUGUUACACCAACUGAAUUUCUCGUUGUUCUCUGCAGUCUCCGAAUUAAUGUGAAAUGGUUUUUUAUAACGCCUAUAUGAAAGGAGAGUUUUGGCAAUUGUUUUUUUUACAAGAAGUAUAAUUAUUGAUCGCGUUAUGCUAUAUGUAACAUGUGGACCCCGCGUCGCGUCAAAUGUAGCACAGCACGCCACUAGACAGAAGAACGAUUUUCAAAUUAUAAUCGAUAUCCUGUCAUUGAGAUUGGGAAGUUUCGCGAAAGCACAUGUAUUCAAGACCUUCCACGGCGUUUAUUUGUUGUACAAUUGUACAAGAUCACACGAGAUGCAGUUAACUGCACAAUUUCAAGUACAAAUCGGUCCAAAUUAAAUGUACAGUUCCACACGCGAUGUCGACUUACGACUCACUUUUACUGCAAAUAUGUAACGCGUAUAAAAAGAUGCGACCUGCGUUCCAAUUGCGUGUUUUUCUGUAUGUUUUGCCCAAUUGAUUCAAAUUCACAGGUGUUGUGUGCAAUUUCGUGUAAUUUUGUUACCGUUUUUAUUAAAUAGUGAAAGCCAUGUUCCCUCUGAAUAACACAUUUACAUAAAUAUGAUCUGUUUUCGAAAUUGCGUUGCAACUUGCAGUGGAAACAUCGAAGGACGCUUCUAUCGUACUGUGCUAAAUUUACCGCCCUAUUGACUACAGAUUUUGCGUAAAAUAUUGUUUUAAACUACAUAGAUCGCAAACGUUCAAUUACGCUUGUGUGUGUUUUGUGUGCAAACAUAGAAAAUCGUGCCAAGUAUGUGUGGAUAUAUCCAUAAUUAAGUAUGUGUAAAUACAGGCUAAUACCUUUGCAUUAUGGUUAUACGUUUAUUACUCUUGUUUCUCGUUUAAUCAAUAUUGUUUGUGUUGGGAGGUGGAGCCUACAAAAUGCUGGGUGGUGUGUUAAACAAUACACAAAUCAUUUCCGCUUGUUGUCCAAUGACGCUAGCUUGACGCACUAAGCUAUUAUUGCGGUUGUGUUUCUUCCCGAGUGAGAAGCUCAAGGUCUUACGCACGUUUUAUGCCACCAUGCCAAACGGCUUAAAAUUUCCAAAAGUGCUUUAUCAAAUUGCCAACAAAUCUCUCUUUAACUAAUGUGUUUAAAACAACACAUUUGUUAACUAAUGUGUUUAAAACAACACGUUGUAUCUUUUAAAAACAAUAACAAAAUCAACAUUAGCUAAUAUUUUUAACUAUUCUUCUUCCAUUAAUUCGGCUUUUGUAUAAGCAUUUCUCUUCCAUUAAUUGGACUUUCUCAUAGACAAGUACACUUCUAGCUAAAUUUUUUUAUAUGUUUUAUAUAAGGAAAAGUUUAAACCCUAGAGGCGACAGAUAAAUGAUUGGGGAAAAAAUCAGUAAGAUGAAACACGAGAUUCUGACCUUGAUGCCUAUUGCUCUUCAUGGUAUUACAAGUUGCAGCAAAACUAGUUGACUCGUGACUUCAUGGACUUUUGAAAAAGGGCGCGCCAUGAAGAAUGGCGGAAUUGGAUUCAAGCCCAGCUCAAACGAGGAUGAUUAGAAUAGGCAUGCGAAAGUUUGUCGUGCAUGUCAGUCAAAUGAGAACAAUCAUAGUUAUGAGAGUUGAUUUGGAGCAGCUCAAAGUUAUGAGAGCGCAUUAGAGUCAAUGAGAGUUGGCGCUCAAACAGGAGGAAGAGUUGCAACUCUCAUCCUCGUUUGACCGAGACUUUAUACGUGAAUUGUUUUCAAAUUUGUGAAUUGUUCGGUGUCAAGGACGCGCCGGUAACAUGUUCGUGACAUGUUUAUACAUGUUGAACAAUCCUUCUAUAGAUUGAUAAUAUCCAGUUUCACUGAAUUCUCACACCAUAUUCCUUAAAAUACGCGAUUUUGAUUGAUUGAUUGACUACUUUUUAUGCCACUGGCACUGUAUAGACUAUACAUUGUCAGACUAUAAUCUCAGACUAUAUAUUCCUAUAUUUCUGAAACUUCAAUGAAUGCUCAAUUCUGAGACUACUGUCAAAUACGCGAUUCUGUUUGGUUAACUUUUUCACUAACUGCAUAUAACUCAUGGAUGGAAGCGAAUCUUGGCUUUUUAAUGCCUGCGUAAAAUCCAGGAAAUUUAGGUACGAGAAUAAUGAAAGUGUACGAGAAUAGUGAAAACUAGACUUUGUUACAUAGCUAUAUAGAAAUCAAUGUGGCUAUCUGCUACCUACUAGUAUAUAGAUAUAUAUAUACAGUAUAUACAGUCCUUGUAAUAACCCCAGUUAAAAUCAAAUUGUUCUUUCAGCAUAAUAUAUGUCAACAACAACGAGUGCUAUAAUAGUACAGGAAAUUAACGAGUUCAGUAAUAAUAAUCAUUACCCCAUAGCAAAUAGUAAUCAUUAGCACCUUGGCAGUACUUUGGUGUACGUCAUCUGUGUUUAUUUUGAGCUUUCUUCUGUUAACACACGAAAAAUCGAGGGUGUAUUCAGAAAAACAUGAGAAUUUUCGUGAUUUCAAAAUCUUUGCCGCAAUAUAUCCAGAGGUUUUGGGAUUUUUUCUGACGUUUUCUGGAUAUUUUGGUUCGAUUUUAGAGAUUUUUAUUACAUUUCUGCAUGGGGAUUUUGAGAGGAAUUUUUUGGGUUUCGGAAGAGAUUUGCAUGGGGAUUUUCAGAAAUUUUAUGACAAUUUUAAGGGUUUUAUUGGAAUUUUCCGAGAAAUUUUGGCAAGAUAUCUGGAUUUUUUUAUGGAUUUUUUAUUUUUGAGGAAUUGUACGAGGAUUUUCGAGUCAUUCUCGAAAAAAUUGUUUACGAUAUCGGUCUUUCUGGUACAGACUCGUCAAACUUAACAAUAUAUUUGACAUUUGUUUGUAAUUAGAAAUAAUUGUUUUGUUUUAUUCAUUCACUUUAACACACUCUGCGAUUCACGUCCUCUGCGUACACAAUUCAACAAUUACUGCACACACAUAACAUAUUCAACACAACACUUUUUGGCCUAUAGUUAUGCUAUAAACAGAAGAGGAAUACAUAUUUUCUCUACCACAAAUUUUCUUUAAAUGGAACUUUGUUCCUAUUUUGUGGUGCAUAUAAUUUAAUCAUAAUCUACCACAGUCCACACCAUCCCAAGUCAUGUCCGUUACGUUCUGAUGUGGUAUUAGGUGUUCCCAUUACAAUGCCAAAUUUUAUGUCCUGUCACGUUUACAUGGCACUGAUACCCCAUAUACAUCUGGGUCUCUUCUUUCAACGUUAUCGUACUCUAAUUACACUAGCAUGUCAGAAAUGCUUGUAUAUAUUACACACCGUGUAACUGUAUGGAAAUGAGAAAAUGUACAUAUCAUGGAAUUAAAUAUGGAAAGAAGGGCAUGCACAUACGCAUAUCUCUUCUAUAUUAUUCCUAUUUCAGUAUACCAUUGUUUACUAUUUAUUGUUUUAAUAUGUCCAAUAUUUUUACAAAACGUCAAAUAUCGAUGUUGUUUUUUAUCUUAAGUCUUUUGCAUUAAUUCCAAAGAAAAUAUUUUGUGAAAGUCUUUAUGUGCCAAGCUUAAGAUUUUGCCCAGUCUUAAUGACGCACACACGCGUCUAAGAUGAUUAAUUGUGAGUGUAAUGUAAUGGAAUGUCACAUGGGGGUACUAUAAACGUGCCCGCUCUCAUGAAAGACUUUGUAGGUCCUGUCUGAAUUGCAAAUAGGAAGGCAGAGCCAGAGGUAACAUUUCUAUUAAUAGGAUGGUUUUUGAUAGUUAUCUUCAAAAGUAUUGACAUUUGUGGGAGCGAGUUUGACAUUUGUGGAAUCGAGCGAGAUGUUUGCAUCACAUGUAUUCGCCACCAAAACACAAAGACAAUAAAUAUAGUGGACAAUUUAGUCACUCUGUCUGUCAAGUGCUUUUUCCUUUUAGAAUGGACCACCUGCAUGUGCUGUAAAACACACAUGCAUUAUACUUAUUAACGCAUUAAAUGAGAACGUUGCUACUUGCACGUGGCAAUUUUUGCUACAACUUGCGACGCAUUUCUGGCAAGUAAAAUUGAGAACUUGUCCCGCAUAUUUUACACAUACAUACAUAAGGAAAGUGCUGUCGAAGCUGGCAAAUAUAAUUGGAGUGAAUGUUAUUAGCAUGCAAUAAUUUUCCCUUUCAGGGUGAAUUCUCAUUAACUUCCAAAAUAUGUUGUACUUUUUGGUGGAAUAUACACCUUUUAUCAGUUCUUUCGUACUCUUUUUUUUGGGAUUGUACAAGAAAAGAUGUACAACCGUUAUUGAUAUUAAAUGCUGAACUUUGGAAUAUGGAAACUAUAAAUAUUAUGGGAGGGUGUGAAUUGUUCAUGAAAUUUUGUCCAUUCUUUGCCUUGCAAUGUUCUGAAACACUGAUGACUAUUUAUAUAAUUGUAUAGUGAAUACUUUUUUUUCAUUCACCUAUCCUGAGUUCAGAUGAUGGCAAAAGUAAAGCACUAUUUUUUGUAUUUUCGAUAAUAAAUAGUAAUAGCGAACCGCCCACCAGCAUGUAUUCAUGGAGAUAGCCCGGACGGGAAACUAAACUCUCAUUUGGAGAAGCCAAUAAGGGGUCACCGAAGUUGACCUAAAACCAUUGCUGUUUCUGGACUACCUGAAAAAGAUUAAGAACACUUCUCUACACUUAGCCUUUUUCAGGCAGCUUAGCAACUAACUACGUCAAGAUAUUAUAUACUACCUAAACUGGACACCCAUUCAAACUACCUAAAAUCCAAACGUAAAACUGGCACUACUGCAUGUACAGUAUAAUCACUAUGUUCACUGCACACCCAAAAUUUCUGAGCAGAGAUUUAAUAUAGAAGUAUGCCACGAAUAAGAAAUAAGUCAAAGCCACUUCAUUUUCACAUGAUUGAAGGUAGUAACGAAGAAAGUAACAUUAGUAUGGUUUAUUUAAACAGUAUGGUUUAUUUAAACCAUACUAUUUUACUUCAUUCCGAGGUUUUUAGGAAACUUUGACCCAACCAGUAAUACUGUUUGGUAAUGUUGGCUGGAUUAGGUUUGCUUUUCACUGUUAUAUCUUAACCUGCUGUGUGGGACCGCCUUUAUACUGCUGGGCUGACAAAUCAAAUAUAAGACACGUACAAUCAAGGAAACUUAACAUACUGUGAUUUGUGGGGCCGAUUUCAGAUGUUGUAGUGACCAGUAUAAGAAAUUACCUACGUCAUCUGACGUCAGUGUUAUAUCAUCUGCCACUCAGCUAUUUAUAUAUAUAUAUUAUAGAGGGAACUGGGUCAACUCGCUUUUAUGUUGACAUAAUUUGUCAGUUAUAAGUAGGCGAAAAUUUGAGGCGAAGGGCAAAUUAAAACAUCGACUUUCCAUGUUUCGCCCAGAACGCGAGGGGUGGGGGUGGGGGGGUCGGGGGGGGGGAGCUUAACUUGUACAAAUUCUACAAAACUACAAUCAAUGACAACGAUUUAAACUUUGGUAAUGUUGACCAUAAAACAUUUCUAUCACAAGCCGACCGUUAAUUUGAUCAGGUAUGGUUAAUAAUAGGACAACAUGGCAAGGAAACAAGACCUUUUGUUUUCAUAUCCUGUUGUGACAUAAGACAUCAAGUUUAUGUUUGCAAAUCGCUUAUUUUCCGACGUUGGCGUCAGGUAGUACUCCCGUAUUGCAUAAGGCGCCAGUAAGUUUCACCCAUAGGAAAUAUUCAAGUAUUGUGUGGGUCAUUAAGCAGUAAUUUCGAGGGCAGUAAUUUAAGCACUUAUGAGGGAACACCCCGAUGGCAGUUCUAUUUCCUCUCGGUGCAAUAACCCAUAGAAAUAAUUAUUGUUAUUUUCGAAAGCAGGAAAUGUUAAACAACAUUAUGAACAUAAAGUCAAGUGUUACAAAUUGGCAAGGAACAUUUCAAAUCAGCCCUACAUGAAAGGCUAUGGUUAAUAGCUUGGCCCAGGUUAUGAAAGUGAAAAAUAGGCCUUCAUUACGCUUUUGAGUCAAUUUAAAUUUGAUAGUUGCACUCUACAAUAAGUAUUUUGUAAUUAUAUCAGUUUAGGUAUCACUUAUAUUUAUUAUUGCAAAGUUUUCGAUCCGUGAGUAAUAAUAUCCGACUUGUUUUUAUAUAUACUAAAAGUGUGAUGAUUGCUCACGUCACUUAAAAGUUACCUAAACGGUCGCAUCAUCCAACGUCGUUUCAAACGUCGCUGAUGCUCACAUUUAAGAAUUUUAUGUCUAAGAGGAAGACUCUAAAAUAUUACUUGGUACUGGUAAUAUCUCAGUGUUGAUAGUAAUUAUAAAAUGGCAAGCUAAAGCCGUGCAGGUGAAACGAGGAUAAGUGUUUAUAGGAGUUGGUGAGCUUCCUUGAGAGUUUUCUCAACUCUCGUGCGCCGGUCAAACGAGAACAAGAACUGCAUGAGAGUCGAUGAGAGUUGAGUGAAUAUUACCGCGCGUGUAGCGAAAACUCUCAUCAACUGUUAUCAAAAUUUGAAACAAUUCAAAGUUGAUGAGAGCGAGGAUGAGAGGGCGUGAGAAUCGAUUUAUUUAUUAACUUUACAAUCAUACAAAAAAUUAUAACAAUGAUUGAAGGUAUGGUCAACAGGUCAUGAGUCCCAUGUGAAGACCAACCUGAUACAAUACAAUAAGUAGACAUACAUUAAAGACAAGGACUAGAACACUAUUUACAUAGCUAUAUAAAAAUUAAUAGGUUAGAUAAUGAGCAACAGCUUAAGUUGAAAGAACGGCAUUUACAGAGUUAGUUCCGAAAGAUCACCAACUCCAACCGACUUGACCUCGCAACUCAGUUGGCAGAGCAUUGGACUAGCAAACCAAAGGCCGCGAUCAGGCAGCUUUUUCAGCUUGCCAAUUCGACUAUAUAUAGCAUCGUCUACCGUUAUUAUCUUCAGUCGAAUAUCACUUUCACAGUACAAUAACUUAAGCAAUAGUUUAUUUAUUUAUUAACUGUAAAAUGAUACAAAAGUGCUAUAAAAUAUAUAACAAUUAUUGAAGGUAUGGUCAACAGGACAUGAGUUCCAUGUGAAGAUCAACUUGAUACAAAACAACAAGUAGACAAACAUUAAAUUAAAGACAACGACUAGAACACUAUUUACAUAGCUAUAUAAAAAUUAAUAGUUUAGAUUAUGAGCAACAGCUUAAGUUGAAAGAAUGGCAUUUAGAGCAGUAGGCUUUCCAAGUGCGCAUUCUGUUAACAUCGAAAGAAGAGUCUAAUUGAGAAGAGUAGUGAGAAUGGAGCUGGAGCUUAAAGGAUGAAACAGACGAACUGAUUCGAAUGAUCGGAGAGAGGUUGUUCCAUAGAAAGACAAUUCGGUUAAAAAAAGAGUUUCUAAAAAGAGAGGUUUUGCACAGAUUGACUUGAAGCAAGUUGUCCUUGCUUGAACGGGUGCGAGAUGAGCGAUUAGAAGAAAAGGUGACAAAAGAGGAGAUAUGUAGGUCGUAGAGGACCAAACACGAGCGAGAGUUGCAACUCAUUAACUAUCAUCAAAAUUGACCAAGGCUGAAUUUCAAGGAUUGGAGUUCUAUACACGUCAGAACUUGAAAUGGAACAGAAUUUCCGCAUAGUAUACCAUAAUCGGUUCCUUCAUGAUGUCAUCAAAGUGCAUUAAAAUAAGGUUUUCCCAACAGCAGGAGCGUGUAUAGAGUCAUCAUCUCUUUGCACUCCUGUGGCCUCAUGGGAAUGCACGUCACGUCCUGUGGUAAUAUAAAACUGCGAAAGAUAUUUAAUCUAUAUGACUUCAUGAACAAACCAGGAAAACAUGCUGUCAUCACAGUGCAUUAAUUUAUUUCCAUUGUUAUUAUUCAAUUUUAUGUUGGGUGCCCUCCGUGUAUCUUAAUUAGUAGCGCAGUUAUCACACGCAAUGCAUCCUGAGACAAUAUAAGAGCCAAGGGCAACGUGAUAGGAACAUUUUUCUUCAGGGUUUCGCUUAGUUGAAAGACAUCUUUGUCUUUGUACACUGUUUAUGUAAAAGUCCUAACUGGAAUGCCUGCAAGCACACAUUUCUCCCGCCUUACGCUAAAAGGGAAAGGUGGGAUAGGGAAAUCGGGUGAAGGGGAGACUUGCGGGCGAUUAAAGUUUGUGUAAAUGAGCACAUUUUCAUUGACGUUUGAGCUGCAUUUAUUUAUUAUUAAUUUAUUAAAACUUCAUUUACCCACACUAACCUCUUCAGUUAAUGAUUUCUAAGGUGGCGUUUAGACAGAAUUAAAAGUAUAUAUGACAAAUGUGAACAAGAUAGUAGAAAUAUUUUGGUUUUUGGUUUUGACAAAUAGAACUUAAAAUCAGAGUUCCGUAAAUUAUAGCUAUGUUAAAUUAAUAUAUAAUGUGAAUCUUUACAGUCAUACAAAGUCUGCAGUCAGUCAGUCAGUCAGAGAUGUUGCUUUGAAAAUAUUUUGACAGUAAAAUGGAAUGUGAAUAAAUCACCCCAUAUGAUCUAGAUUUUGGUUAAUAUAGUUAUCUGGGGCUUCUUUGGUUUAUAAUAAAACAGAAAGUAAAGUAGAGAGAUUUGCUUUAAUUUAUUUCCCAAAACACCUGGACCGGUUGUUACCUUGUUACCUGAAAAUAAAACUUUAUUGACCAAGUCGUAAUUCUAGAAAAAUAAGUUUAUUUUCGAACAACCGGCGAAGUCGAUCGCCAUCUAAUGCCCCAAAGCAGUUCGCAAAACCCAACCAUAUGCUUGUUUCGCGCUAUUGUACAAAAGCUGAAAGGAACAACUUUGUCUUAUCAUUUAUAUCUGCACGUGCUAGUAUGCCUUAAGACAACAUUGGUUUUGAUAUCGGUUUUGUAAUGGAGAUCCUCUAAGAUCUCUAAAAGGACCGAAGUGUUUAAAACCAAUAUAUUCUUAAUCUUUAUAUUACAUCAACAGAUAACAAUUGGAUAUUUUGGACUCGGCAAAAUCCAAACAAACAGCACUUUUUCUAAAAUUGCUUUAUAUAUAAGAGCAUUUCGCGCACCGCCUUUUCCACCGUGCCAAAUCAUAGGCCAAAUUUAAGGUCCUUUAGCGUGGGUUGUGAUGGAGAAUUAGUUUCUUUGUUUAUGUAUCUUAGUAACUUGGAUUUUCCGCCGUUUUUUUAAACAUUGCUUGCCAGCACUAUAGUUGCUUCUUUGAAAUACAAGCAUUCAUGCAGUAUCGAAAGGCUUUUGAGUUGUGGUUAUAACCGGAGGCUAUGUUAUAAUGACUUUGUUUUUCCAAGGAACAGCUAAUGGCAAUAUCUCGAUCUUCUCUAUUUUAUCUUUUCAAUGUUUAAAACUCAACAAUGCUUAGAUAAUGAUUUUAACUUAUUUAACGCAGUGCAAACAUAUAAACAUUUCUUAUUAUUCGUUUAUUCUAUUAUAUAAUCAGCUUGAUAUUGAGAGUGCUUGUGUUUCAAGUGAUAUUAUGCAUUACAUUUUGGUAAUAUGAACAUGAAAUACUUUGGAUGUUGUAUAGAAACAGCUGUAAGAUGUUACCAAUAACAGAAUACUUACGAAUACACGCAUUUUGCUCUCACAAGUGCCUUCAAGUGUUGUAAACCAUUAAUGAAACCUCCUCAGGCAAAAUCAUGUUCGAAGAGGGAGGUUCCCUUGAAAAUAUUCAUUAUAUCAACUUCCUAUAUGCGCGGUAAUGAAGGGAAAAUCGUUAAGAGGUAAAAUGGGAACUGGUACUUAGGAUGGGACUUUCAAUCGUCCACUGGGAUUUGCCAGAGCAGUCAUUCUGGUGAGUGUGACUAUGACACUGGGAAAUGGGAUUGAACCCCCCCCCUCCCCUUUGCCGAGCGCAUGACAUCGGAAAUAUACUGAAACGUGAAAGCACAAUAUAUAUUCACGAAUAUGCUGUGAUUUUUGCACUAUUUUUGAUAAUUACAAAUUGAUAGGAUGUUGCUAUAACUGAUACCACUCAUUAAGGCAAGCACGUACGACCAAAUUUGGUAUCAGCAUUAAAAGAGCAGUGAUGAUCAUACAUAUAUGUAUAUUGAUAUGAUCCAGAUAAUUUGAAGGGUGCACCUUAAAAGGGCACUUUACUUAAUGCAUACACCCACACCUAAAAACUACCAACAUGCAUACGAAAUCAUUCAACUUAUAUAAUUUACUCGGUAUAAUACCGUUUGGCGCACGCAAGUUUGUUUCCUCUAUGAUCCUGAUCCUAUUCACAACCCCUAUCCAUAAUCCAACUUUCAACCAUCUUAGCAAUUCUUGGCCCUCCUAGGGCUAGGGCAUACGUGACCCUCUCAAGAGUGAUUUGUCCUCCCCCCCUGCCUAUUUCGGUGACGUUGCGAGUACCCUAAUCGUUUCGGUGACGUUGCGAGUACCCAUAGUUUUAACAGGAUCGCAUUUGAUGUAGAAAGAGAUGUAAUGAAAAUACUAUGUAUGAGGGAGUUUAUGAUAUAAAGAUAGGGUACCCUGAGUGUGUGUGAUGCACGGGUCUCCCAGAACAGGGACGUCGCUACUGGGUGUGACACAUGCGAGCACUGUCAAUGAAGACUACUAAAUGUUUGCGAGCACAAGGGAGCCCAGUUUUUCCGCGACUGCAAGAAUGUAUGCCGACUAUGUGUCGUGUUUGUUUGUUUGUUUGUUUGUUUGUUUGGAUAUAUAUAAUCAAAACGUUUAAAAAUUGUGCAAAAUUUCGACAUGAUAAGAGAUCUAAUCGGCCUCCUUGAAUUUCGCAUCGAUUUUAUGAAAAUUCGCAGCUGGCCGUGCUAAUCAAGGCCUAUUAAAAGCGCAUCGCACAUGUUUUAUUGCGUCCUAUCAUACCAAAAAAGUACAUUCACGAAACCUGACCACUCCCCUUCUCCCCCCCCCCAAAAAAAAAAAACAACUACCAACAUAUAUUUGGUAAUGUUCAAUUAUGUUUGCGAGGGUGGCCACACCUAUAUGCAUUACAUAGAUACGUGAUCUUUUCAUGACUGAAUGACACACGUUGUUUUCAGUCUGAUUACGAGUGUCCAAAGUGUUUCCUCUUCUACUUAAAUAUUUCAAACUGUUGAUACGAGGAUUAUUUAUAUCUGAGAAUUUUUUAUACCGAGCACUCCCCAGAAAGCUAGUAGAGAUUAGAGAAUUGCUAUAAAUCAAAUACAUAUUUUAUUUAUGUUAUGCUUUGUCAUGUUCAAGAUACCUAGUAACGAACGUUCUCUUAAGAACGCGGUGAAUUGUUGGUCAAUCUGGCUCACAAGUACACCAACGCUUUAUACUGUCAAUCAAACAAGGCAUUUAGUAGUGUUUGAAUUUUUUUAGUAUCUGAAAACAAGUAACUGUCUUUUGAGAGUUAAUUAUGGUUUUACAAUACUGUGGAUAUGAGUUAAUUAUGGUUUUAUUUGCUCUGGUUUUACUGAAUUUUUUAAAAAUUUCCGGUCUAGAAGAUUGGUCUAAAAACGUGUCUUUGGGACGACCAGGAAGAAGGCUCAACAACAUUAAAACGACAUUUCAGAGUUUUCUCCAUCAUCAGGAUAAAAAAAAACCACUAAUUUUUACAUUGUAGUUUUCAAACCUGAUGAUGGAUUAAGCUCCGAAACGUCAACUUGAUUAAUCAUGCUAAGACUUGUACGUUGUUGGUCGUAGAAAACACAACAAAAGAUUUACCAUCUAUGAGUUAAACCUCUCUUUUUAGAAUCUGUUGUUUUAACCGAAUUGUCUUUCUAUGGAACAAUCUCUCUCCGAUCAUUCGUAACAGUUCGUCUGUUUCAUAAUUUAAGCUCCAGCUCCAUGUUCACUACUCUUCUCAAUUUAUAGACUCUUCUUUCGAUGUUAACAGAAUGCGCAGUUGCAAUACCUAUUGCUCUGUAAAUGCCGUUCUUUCAACUUAAGCUGUUGCUCAUAAUCUAACCUAUUAAUCCAUACCUUCCAUCAUUGUUAUACAUUUUAUAGCGAUUUUGUGUCAUUAUACAGUUAAUACAUAAAUAAACUAUUGCUUAAGUUAUUGUACUGUGAAAGUGAUAUUCAACUGAAGAUAAUAACGUUAGACAAUGCUAUAUAUAGUCGAAUUGGCAAGCUGAAAAAACUGCCUGAUCGCGGCCUUUGGUUUGCUAGUCCAAUGCUCUGCCAACUGAGUUGCGAGGUCAAGUCGGUUGGAGUUGGUGAUCUUUCGGAACUAACUCUGUAGUUUCUUCAGUAUCUGUAUAUAUCUAUGAUCUUCAAUCUAAUCAUUGUGGUUGUUUCAACUGAGGCAAAUUAAAUUAUUUUAGAUGACUGAAAAAUUGGUUGACCGAGACUAGGUCUUAGAAUCAAUCAUUCAAUCAUAUUGCUGGAUGGAGACCUAUAUAUACAAGGAACCAACAGUGAAAUCUUGCAUGAAAGUAUAUAUAUCGAUCGAAAACUUUCCCUCCUACUUCUAAAAUAACGUUAAUGCAGUGGUCUAGAAUCUAGAUAUCUUGAAAUGAUCUACUACGUUGGUGGUUUGAGUGUAAUCUGAUCCAACUUUCGUUUUUCAAAUAUUUCAAGGGAGCCGCAUUUCAAGUGGUUCUUUCAGCAUGUCGAUGUGGUUAGUGAUAAUUUAAGGGUGUUUGGGAAAAAAUCUGGGAUUUCAUGUAAAUAAUGAAUUACAUGUUUGGUUACGAAAUAUGCAUUAAUAAGGCUCCCUCAUGGAUUUAUCUCAUACCUAGCGUAUUAGCGGCUUUCUUAUAUUGGCUACGAGGAGGUGCGUUCAAUCUCGAACCCACCUGCUGACGUAUGUUUAGGAGGUGGGUUCGAGAUCGAUGUUUCGGCGGCGGCCAUUAUGAAACGAUUUGAGCAAAUUUCAGACGAAGAUUUAAAUUAAAUAAAAAAUAAAUUAACUGUUUUUAAUUGUUUUAUAAUUAUUAUUUUUUUAUUUUGUUUGAUGAAAAUGGAAUAUUCUGUAUUGGCCGCCGAAAUUUAUUCGGCACGGGCAGUUUAUAUAAGUCUUGGCAAUGUUUUCGCAGAAUGUGUUCAUUUUCUCUUUUCAAGAAUAAAGGAAUAUUGUAGAGAAUCUUUUUAGCUUUAAUUUAAGCCUAAGUUUGUUUGUUUGCGUAGUAUGUUGGCGGCUAAAAUGUUCGUUAUCCAAACAUGAAAUUCUAUACUAAAAAGUAAAAUGCGUAUACAAUUGUUCAGUACUUUUUAGUAUUUUACCGAAAUGGCAUGUAAUAAAAACCAAACAUACUUGCAGGUUCGGUGAGUCCGGGAUUGGACGCACCUUGAGUUGCGUCCAAUCCCGGACUCCCCUCCCUGCGGACUCACCUCCCUGCGGACUCACCUCCCCGUUUGUUAUAGAACCCUGUGCUCUUCGAGCAAGUAUGUUUAAACCAAGAAAUGAUGGAGGAAAUUCCAAACUUGUUUAGCUGCAAUUUCUGGCAAUUUCUCGCAUUACCAAAUUAAGUGUAGAUUAAUCGAAUUUAAUAGUUUAAAUAACAAUUUCAAGUUUAAUCCCCAUGUGGGGACCCAGAAGUUUUUCCUGCGAGUUAGCAAGUUUUACUAACAAGCAAAACAAACAAUUCGCCAACAAUCAAGCCGAAAACACAAUAACUUUAUAACAAUGUGUUCCCUUAUCACAUAUACAAAUAUUUUUCUAAUAAAUUAGUAAUGCUUUGUGCGCGUUGCCUGGUUCAAUAUUGGUUUAUUAUACAGAAUGUAAGUCUCACAUCUGGGAGAAACGACCGAACCAGAUUUUCUUUGUGAAGCUUUCAUUUCCCUUCGUUUGGUCAUAUUUUUCUUAUGUUCAAAGACUCAUUUUGUAUUUAUGUUUGAAUACAACCAGUUCACUUCAUUUUAUCGUUAUCGCUUUACAAAGUAAAUUUGUUCUUUUUCUGGCCGGCGUUUGUCGUUUGACGUAUCAACAUGAAGCUUCCUAAAAGCAAGCAAUGCGCCCUGAUGCGCCCUACUCUAUAAUUUUAUUCUGCCUAACGCCAGACGAUUUUACUCAUUAAGGGGAGAGUGCUGCCAUUCAAUUGGUUAAUUAAUUAAAACACCCUGUUAACCCUUUGAGUACCUGAUGCACCCACUUUAUUAUUUUAUUCUGCCUAACGCCAGAUGAAAGGGAGCGCGAUGCCCUUAGUGAAACCUGCGUAUGCAGCUAUUUCAAUUAAGGUUUUCCCCGAGCAAAGCGGAAAAGACGAAUACGAGCGCGAAAUGCUUGCUGGGAAUCGCUAAUAAAUUCAUUAAUUUUUUAGCGAUUCCCAGCAAGCCUUUCGCGCUCGUAUUCGACUUUUCCGCUUUGCUGGGGGACAACCUUAAUUGAAAUAGCUGUAUACAGUGUUUAACAUUAAUGCUAUAUCCCAGAACAUUAAUAAUACAUGACGAGUAAAUUAGCCAACCAUAUUGCUCUGUUUAGCUCACAUGAUAACACUGGAUAUGGAUCAAAAUUAAUUUAGUCCUUGGACUGGAUCAAAAUUAAUUCACCUCACUUUAAGUAAUGAUUUAUUCGUAUGAGAUGUCAUUUCAAAUCCUCGCAUUUUGACACAGUCCUCGGAUUCGCCUCGGACUUGAUUAAAUUGCGGGGGCUUGAAAUCUAGUCCAGUCCUCAUAGUCGGAUUUGAAAUAAAACUUCUCAUCCGAAUUUAUAGUAACAAUCAUUCUCUCGUUUCUCGUUAGGUCUGCAGAACAUUUCCGUCAAUUUAUCAAGUCCAGCCCUGUUCAACAACGUCGUAAGGUUAAAGUGUAAUGUGGAGACCAACCAACCGGUGACGUAUACCUGGUUCAAGGAUAAUAUCCCGCUCAAUGCGUUUAGAGGUGGUAGGUUGGAUGUUCUCUCCUCUGGAGUGUUGAGGAUAAGAGAUUACAAAAUUUCUGAUAAUGGAAAUUAUUCUUGUCGGGCUGAGAAUGCAUACAAAGCUGUUACUAGUCGUGGGGUGAAAGUUGAUGGGCAAUGUAAGUUUGAUUUUUAUAUUGUAGUUGUAGUCUAUGCUUUAAUGCUUUAAUCCAGUACUCAAACAGUUUACACUAUACCAGGAGUUAUACAAAUAUAUCUAACUAUUUACAAUAAUACGGUUAUAUAUGUACUUACUGUACUAUAGUUAAAAAUAUAAAGUUACGAUCUCACGAAAGCAGAUGCUUUCUCCUUAAAAACAGAAAACUACUAAGAUUACUAAUUGUCAAUGGGAUAUUGUUCCACCCAAUAAUAGUUCUUGGAUAAAAAGAAUACCUAUAUACAUUAAUACCUAUACACAUUAAUGCUAGUUUGCAAAUGGUUAUAGCCAUGUAAAGGAAUUCGUUUGGUAGUCUUGAAAAAUGUCUCCGAUAUAUAAAAGGGGGACUUUUGAUGGAAAAUUAACUCCUACUAAACCUUGAUUUGUUUUAUAAAACAUAGUUAACUGAGCUGAAAGUCUUUUAUUCUCCAAUGAGUCCCAACCCAGUUUUUGUAUUAUUGGGGUAACGUGACUGUAUCUAGAAUAAUAAUUUUCUACAAAUCUUGCAGCUCAGUGCUGGACCAUUUCGAUCUUUUUUACAUUCCUUUAUGUUGUACUUUAAAGCAUUGCUCACUCUGUUAGCCCUGGUCUGGGCUUUACUUUGGCCUCCAUUUGUAUAGUGUAAACAAACUUUGGUCCAGGCUAUAGCCCUAUAACCUAUAGGCGAGAAAAUCUGGAUCGUUGGUCUCGGCCUGUCUAAAUGUAAACAGUCUAGAUCGUUAUGAUAGGGCGAAAGAUGAGAGGAAACAACGAAAUAUGACAUUUUGGUUUUGUUUAAUUGUUAUAUACGUUAAAUGUUAAGAAAUUCGCGAGCAUUUUACGCCAACGAUGUGUUCGACACCUUUUGCACGAGGUUAAAUGUUUUUGUGCGAGCAUCAUUUUGUGCUAGAACGAUUUUUGUGCCAGGUUGCGGCCCCAGUAUGUUUUGGCCACGUGAGGUCGCCUAAGCUUUUAGUGCGCAAAGUUUCAUUGGAAAAAUUCAAAUCAACUCUGACAUACCGAGUUAGGUAGAAGAGAUCGAUAGCUAAAGUGUGUAAACUUUAUGCAACCUCGUUCCCAGGCUCUUGAACUUUAUGCAGGAACUUGGAGUAUAUGUUUUUUGUUGGGGUAACCCCAACAAAAAACAUAUACUCCCUGGCACAUGGACCUAUUGGACGUUCACCCAAGAAACCCUAUUUAUAAACUAUCAAAUUGCAUUUGUAUUUAGAUGGGCAUAUGUUAUGACAAUAUGACUUAUUUUAUCCCAUUAUCAUAACUAAACCAUAUAUUUCAUUUUUCCUUUCAUGUUUAGCGGCAUCAAAGACCAGUAUCCAUAUUUAUCCUGGAAGAAUUAUCAAAACUGUGGUUGGACGUCCUUUGGUGAUUGAAUGUAUACAAAAUAGUCCCCUAAAAUCCUCUGUUACUUGGAGCAAGGUGACAGCCCAAAGUACCAGGACACUUGUGAAUGGCUCGGGAUUUGCUAAUCUAAUAUUUGAUUCCGUACAAAAAUCUGAUGCUGCAAAAUAUCGUUGCCUAGCGACGAAUGGCGAAGAGGAAACGGUCCUUGUAUCUGUUGGAGGUAAGAAAUAUUUUGUUUCAGAAUGCUGAACAAUGAGUGACUUGUUGGAAUGGAGAACAGUGGGAUUUUCAAAAGAAUUAAAAGACAGUGGAACGUUAAAUCACUAAAUCAUGACAAGGCGGACCGCUGUCACAGUCGAUUUCACGAAACUUUAACCACAAAUGUUCCGAACUUCGUUGCGAAGUUCAAAAUGGCUUCUUUUACUUCAGUGACCAAUCAGGGACUUUGUUUACAAAUUGGCUUGUGAAUUCCAGUAUGAACUUCCGAAUUUCACAACGAACUUGCGAACUUCGCAACGAAGUGACAUGUGUUAUUGAUAUUUGUUUCUUAACGUUUUGGCCCGCAGUAAUUGGUUUCAGGCUGUUGCGGAUACCCAACCAUCAACUCAGUUUAUGUCAUUGUGUUAUGUAUGUAUAUGUGUGUGUAUAUUUCUGUACAGUAGUGAUGGAAAAGCAGUUAAAUAAAUUAAGUUGGGAACAUUUGUGGUCAAAGUUGCGUGAAAUCGGCUGUAAGCCAAGCGACAACUCAAUAAUCAAAAACUCCAUCUAAUGUUUAUUUAAUUAAUAACUAAUUCAGAAAUAAGUUUUGCGAAACAAGUUUUGCUUCCUCGUUAUUUUUUAGCAUAAACAAUGCUGCUUUGUUUGAACAUCUUUCGGGAAACAUGUCAAAGAAACAAUGUUUUCCUGGUUUGCCCACCUUUGUAAAACAUGGUCUAGAAACCAGUGGCGAAGUUAGCCAUGGCAACUGCAGCUAGCCUGCAUCUAAAAAGGUUAAAAACUUCUAAAGGUUUAUAUAAUGUACAUAAUUAAAAAUGUGUAUAGCAUGACCUGUUGCUAUGGCUAGCUUCGCCACUGGUAGAAACAAUAGGGAGUUUACGCAUGUAAGACGCCAACGUCGGAACGACGGCUACCAAUACAAUGUCAUUAAUCAUGUAGCACAAAAGAAAUGAAUAAUUAAACGUAUAGCUGGAAUUACAGACGUCACCCAGGCUCUGUUGACGACGGCAAAAUGCAUGUUUUCACGUCUUGUGAAGUACGCUGGCAUUUAAAGCCGUGGCAGGCAAUUUUUCUAGCAGAGUUGAUCAAAAUUGCACUGAAGGUUUAAAGUCUGUUUUACUCAUUCUGAACUGUAUUAAAUUCACACAAAAGUAAAUAAAAGACAAUAUUUCCAUACAAUCAUUUAUUUCAAACAGUUUGUUUUAUAGUCGUCGUCCUGACGCCGCCGUCGUACAUGCGUAAACUCCCUAAUGUUUCCUUGUCUUUCCCCCUUCGGGAAACAUGGCAUAGAAACGACGUUUUCUGAUUUUCCCAUCUUUGGGAAACAUGGCUAUGAAAUAUUCCUGAACAACUAGACCUUAACUAUUUGUGUUUUGACACAUUUCAGCUCCACCCAGUUUCACAAGUAGAUUACCAGCAACAGCAAAACAGAAGGAAGGAGGGAAAUUAGUCUUGACAUGCAACGUCAAUGGUACUCCAACGCCAUUGGUCACGUGGUACAAAGAUGGCCGAGCGCUUGCCAAGAAUUCCCGAAUACAUUUCUAUGGAAACGGCUUAGAGCAUAAAUUGGUGGUGAAAAAUGUUUUAGCGUAUGAUAAAGGAGUAUACCAGUGUGAGAUUGAGAAUGAAUAUGGAUCAAGUAUUGAUCACACUGUUGUGAAUAUCAUAGGUAGGUGAUGUGAAACACAAGGACUGCAUUUUUCAUCUCGUAUGCGUAAAUGAAGCUAUGCCGGCGAUAUUGGCUCGUUGUUAGGGCUUGUUCAUUGGAAGGGAUUUAUAGAUGGAAAUUUCAAGUGGAAUUUUCAAAUUUUAAUUAGACCUAACUAGGAGCCGUUGCGAAAGACGCAACUAUCAUAAACGUAACUUAUCAUAUUAUAACUAUCAUAUUAUGACUAUCAUAUUAUAACUAUCAUAUUUAUUUACUAUCGUAAUUAAAUUAAAAGCCCAGAUGAAAACAAUACUUGGGCGGUCUAGGUUCUUGAAAUCCUAUCUUCUUGAAAUCCUAUCUUUGGAAAAUGCAGGGACAGCUUGGAACACAUGCAUGUUUAGGAUGUUUCCUGUAUUCUGUGACUGUGUCUGUGCCGUACAAUGUUGAUACAUUUAUAUGUAUAAAACGUUUUUGUGACUUGGUCAUUUCCCAAACCAAUUUUGCAAUUUUCCGGUCUCUUCAUUUUAAGGUAGUUGACUUAGAAAGGACUGCAAUAUAUGGGUGGUCCAUGUCUAGUUUAUAUUAAAUUUGGAAAGUGUAAGGAUGGUUUGGAACUCAUUGAUCGUGUGUUGUAACUUUGUGUUGUAGCUUUGUUAAAGUUUGUAACCCUGUCUCUAUUGUUUCACAAUGUCAAUGUAAUGUGUGGGUAGGGCUUAAUUUGGGACUCCUCAGUCCUGUUGUCUGUAUCUUCAAUAGUUUUGUUGAUUGUAAAAAAAUUAAAUUAAAUUAAAUUAUCGAACCUGCGGCCCUGCGAUUCCAGUGCAGUGCUCUAACCAACUCGAGCUACAGACACCAGUUGUCGAGCUCCAACCACAAGUUUAUGUAUAAAUACUAAGUUGAUGCCAAUGUACGGUGCAUGGGUAAAAACAUCGGAAUUUUGGGCAAAUGCAAUCAUCAAAUUCGUUGCAUACUGAAAGUACUUUAAUCUUUCUCUAAUUUCCCCCCUCAAUCAAAUUUCUUUCUUUCCUUCCCAAUACAGACAAAAUGGAUCCACCCCACGAGGUUCAAGGUCAUGCAUUGUCUCCAACCAUGGUCAAUAUUACAUGGAAAAUUCCUCCAGGUUACAGGACUGUCUACUUCGUGGUGCAUGUUUUGGACUACGUGAUGAGAUCUGACUUUCAGCGAGUGACAGACGACAAUGCAACCCAUCUUAUUGUUAAACAUUUAAGACCAUAUGCAGAUUAUUUGAUCUCUGUACAGUUGUAUGCUGAUCAAAGAUCUCGGGGCGUAUCUAAUACGUCUCGGGUCAGGACGUUAGGAACAAGUGAGUUUUUGAGAUAUUUCAGUGACGAAACGAAACGAAACGAACGAAACGAAACAAAACAAAACAAAACAAAACAAAACAAAACAAAACAAAACAAAACAAAACAAAACAAAACAAAACAAUACAAAACAAAACACGGUAUGAGUUAAAUAGAACCAUUGCACUCCCUAUAAUAUCUGGAGCGAGGACUGGAGUCCAAAAAGUAAAGCCAGCUUUUUGUUAACCGCGCAGACAAAAGCAAUAGAACUGGAAGACUGGAACUGACGUCCAAAUAUCUCCUUCAAUUUCCGCCAUCUUGACAAGCAGUGUGCCGAAAUUUUCGUAUUUUGACUUUGAUUCAACUUGCUUCAAGUCAAUCCGUGCAAAACCUCUUUUUUAGAAACUCAUUUUUAACCGAAUUGUCUUUCUAUGGAACAAUCACUCUCCGAUCAUUCGUAACAGUUCGUCUGUUUCACCCUUUUAAGCUUCUCAAUAUAUUAGACUCUUCUUUCGGUGUUGACAGAACGCGCACUUGGAAAACCUACUGCUCUAAUUGCCGUUCUUUCAACUUAAGCUGUUGCUCAUUAUCUAACCUAUUAAAUUUUAUAUAAUUUUGUAAAUAGUGCUCCAGUCCUUGUCUUUAAUGUAUGUCUACUUAUUGUUUUGUAUCAGGUUGGUCUUCACAUGGGACUCAUGUCCUGUUGACCGUACCUUCAAUGCUCUGCCUUCAAUGAUUGUUAUACUUUUUUCUAUGACUUGGUUAGCGAUAUGGAGUUCACUAAAAAGAACACAACACAACACGACAAAAUACAACAAAACAACAAAUCCCAAACAUUAUAUAAGGAUUUCAAAGUAAAUGUGUUUUUUUUUUUGCAGAACCUUCUGGUCCGCCAAAUGAAAUGAAAUUAACAAGCUACUCUACCGGGGUAAGUUACAAAGUAGGCUUGUGAAAUUUACGCACACUUUUAAAUUGUACACACUUCAAUGUAAAACACAAUUCAAUCGGAAAUUUUAAAUGCACUUUUUUGACAAAGUGCUUGAAAGAAACCGACAUGUUACACCUACGAAUUUCUGCACCUAUAUACAUAUACUAUUUAAUGCACAUUAAUGCAUACUACAAAAUGUAGUAAAAUCUUUUGCGUAACGCAUAAAUUCUGGAUCUCUAAUGCGUGCGGAACGCAUAUUCCGCGUUUGAACAAUUGUACCGCACUCAGUUGUACAAAUUGCAAGUUGCAUUUUUUUUACAUUAUUAGACCCUGGAUGUAACAUGGCUUCCUCCAUUCAUAGAGCGACGUAGGGGUAAAAUCAUUAGCUAUGAAAUCGAGUAUUUUACCGCAAGUGAAAGCAAGAGAAAUAAUCUGACUGUAACAAAAAAAUUCUAUUCAACGACAUUGAGGAAUCUUGUCGAAGGGGCAAAGUAUACUGUGAAGGUUGCAGCGAGAACUAAAGAAGGACUGGGUCCAUUUUCAGAGAAAGUGUCAUGUGUUAUUUCAAGGACGUCUGCCGGACGUAAGUGAAAUUACCACCAUCAACAUUAGUAUCAACACCAUUACCAAUAUCGUAAUUGCCACAUCAACUUCCCAUCAUCAGUAUAAACGACAUCCACAUCAUCAUCACAAUUACCAUAAAAAUACCAGUACUACUGGUCAUCUUCAUCACCAUUAGUUCAUCACCACCACCAUCACCAACAACAACAUCAUAAUCGUCAUCACAAUCAUCAUCACCACCGUCACCGUCAUUAUUACCACCACCACCACCACCAUCAUCACAAUCAUCAUCAUUACCAUUAUAUCAUCAUUGCCCCCAUCACGAUUACCACUAACAUUCUAUUUUCAGUUUCUUAAGAAUAUUUUUCUAUUUUCAGCCGUUAUUCCAGCACCGUCGAUCAAUAUUCGAAGUGUCAACACAAGUAUUUUGUUCAGCGUCACGUCCCCACCCAACGUGGAUGUCAAAGAAUAUAAGUUGACAUACAGAUUCCUGAAGGAUUACUUGGGUGGGAAGAAGGAGGAGAUCAUAAAAGGGCGAGCGUUUGAUUACGAAUUGAAAAUAGGUUUGUCUAUAUACAGACAAUUUCUGAUGCAGAAUAUUGAAUAUCCAUUCAUAUGGUACCGUGGUUAUUUGCAUGGCAUAGUGCCUACCACUUGAAGUUCGAUUUGUCCCACUACAGUUGACCUUGCUCACCUGUGAAAAAGCUGAUCCCAGUUUCCUCUACCGAGCACCACAGGUUUUCUGGAAGGAGUACAUGUUCGUGUGAGAGCUAGCCUGUAGUUUAGUAAGCCUAAGUUGAGUUGCAGAAAUUCACAAGCAAGCUCUUAUUGUGGUUUAUAUUUUGUUUUAGGGUUAAAUUUAGAGUACGUCAUUACCGUGGUUGUAUUUGGGUUUGGAGUGAGGAAUGCUAGACCUGCAAUUAAGGUUGUGGCAACAAAGAACGGUAGGGAGAAAAAUUACUCCUUAAAUUGACAGGAUUAUAAGAACCUCUCCUUACGGUACUUCUCUAUUACAGACACCUCUAUUACAGACACCUUUCUAAUACUGACAGUUCUUGUUACAGACAUAUCUCUAAUACAGACAUGUCUCGAUUGCGGAUAUCUCAACAAUAACGACACCUCUCUAAUACAGAUGGUUUUCUAUUAUAGACACCUCUCUAAUACGGACACGUCACUUAUUUGUAUUACAGAUAUCUCUCUAAAACGGAUAACUCUUUAUUGAAGACACCUCUUUCAUAUGGACAUCUCUCUAUUUCAGAUACCUCUCUAACACGGACGUGUCUCACUAUUACAGACAUCUCCCUAAUAGAAUACCUCUCUUAUACAGACAAUUCUCUAUUACAGAUACAUCUCUCUGUUGCAGACAACUCCCUAAUAAGGAUACCUCUCUUAUACAGACAAUUCUCUAUUACAGAUACCUCUCUCUGUUCCAGACAUCACCCUAAUAAGGAUACCUCUCUUAUACAGACAAUUCUCUAUUACAGAUACCUCCAUAAUACGGACACCUCCAUUAUGACGGACAUCUCUCUUAAUAAGAACACCUCUCUAAUUCUAAUAGGGGCAGUUUUCAAUGCCCGACGCACAUAAUUCGCAUAAUCUUUUAAUAACCUACAAUGUGUCUAUUCACUGUAUUAAUUAACUUGCUGAUUGUGUCUUAAUUCCUUAGUUCCAGAGAAUGUGAACCCUGCAAUGUUCAACAAAUCUAACGGCACGCCAGGCAUGAACAUCUCAUGCGAGCCUAUACUCAACUCGACAGCUAUCGCCCUGAGAUGGGAACAAACGCCAACCCGCUAUGUUCCUGAGUUCGAAGUCAAAUACUAUGUUUAUGGCGUUGAGGCAAGACAAGUAAAGACUAUUUCUACGAAUUAUUUCAAUGUGACGUUAUAUGGUGUGUUGCCAGGCAAUACUUACGGUGUAGAAAUUAAAACAAUAUUUCGCAACCAUCCAGUGUCGGGGCUACUGGAUUCGAAGUAUUGUACAGUACCAGAGAAAAGUAAGUAUCAAACUGUUCGAUUUUUGUAACGUACAUUUCAAGAUGUGUUCAACAGUGAAUUUCAAAAGAAGUGCUUGAAAAUUGUUUGUUGUAUACAUUUAAUAGACCUAACCAGGAGCUGUUGUGAAAAAUGCUACCGGCCUUCUGUCACGAAUUGAACCUGUGGCCAUGCGGUUCUUGUGCAGCGCUCUAACCAGCUGAGCUACAGAGAGACAGUUGUCGAGCUCUAACCACAAGUUCAUGCAUAAAUACUAAGGUGAUGCCAAUGUAAAGCCUGGCGCACACGAUGCGAUUUUAGUCGGCCGAUAAAAAUCGUUUGACUAAAACUAACAAAAUCGUUGUGUGUGCGGUGUCAUUUUUAACCGAAUUUUGUUGCUCGCAGCGUGGAUUAUAACGUUUUUGCUUAGGUCUGACAAAUGUCCGAUUAACGAGACUGUUGCUCGGACAUUGGCCAAGAAUGAUCAGCCAACUAUUUCAACCAUUUUUACGUGAAAGUGCUACAGAUCGACGUACCAUUAUUGAUUGCACAUUUGCAUGCAGAAAAAAGCUUGGCGUACGCCAACUAGCAACGUCCUCCGCGCCUUCACUUUGUUUGUGUUUCUUUAGGAAAUAAAGGUAUUUACUAAUAAAUUAUAUAGCUAGGCCUACGGCUUAUAGAAAUGAAACAUAUUUUUGUAAGUAGUAAGUAUUGUAAACGCCGCCGGCUAUGGACUGUAACUAUCGAGAGUCGGUCACUUGAGAGAGUAUUUGCUAAAAGAGAAGCUCAAUGACAAUGUUUCCUCUGAGUGAUUUUUUCAUCCAAAUAUUUAUUGAUUGCAUGGUAUCGUAGGCAUAGUUAGAUGCUUUUCAAACAGUACUUUUCACAUAAACUACCUUCAAUUUAAAUGAACAGUGUGGUGUAUUUUAUUUGAUCGGACAAAAUGUCCGUGCAGAAUGAAAUUGAUCGGCCAUUUGGUGUUUUUGUUCGGCAAAUAGCCGAUUGCCGACCGUUAUAAUCCACACUGGACUUGCUCGAUUUUAAUCGGACAACAUCAAAACGUUUUGAUAUUAUACGAUUUUUAUCGGUGGAAUUUUAAGUAUAACCAAUCAGAUUUCAUGCUGUGAUCUAUUUAUUUGGCAACAUGGCGGCUACAGUUCAGAGAGCAUAUUUUUUUCGUAAUCGUGUGCGGAGUAUACCGAUGUAUAUCGGUAUGUCAAACGAUUUUUAUCGGCCGACUAAAAUCGCAUCGUGUGCGCCAGGCAUAAGGUGUCACUUGAAAUUUCCAUUGAGCGAGAUGCCCAAAAUCCUGAUAUUUACCCAUACACCGUACAAUAAUGGCAUCAUUAGUAUAGUAUAAAUUGUACAUGAACUGGUGGUUUCAGUGCUUCCACUUACACGGAUUUUCUCUGCAGCAAGGAAAUAUUGGUCCUUGCAAGGAAUUUACAAGGAAAUGGCAGGGAAAAAUACAAAAAUUAAAGGAAAUUGCAAGGAUUUCUGUAACUUGUACAAGUUACAAGUCUUAAACCGGUAAAAAUCAACUUAUAAAUAGUAUAGGUCUAACACAAGAGGUACAGAAGAAUCUGAAAAUGCCAUUUCCGGCGAUCUAGGGAUUAUAAAUUUCAACAUUUGCCGUUCAGCGCCUUCUGCCAUUUAACCCCUCCACCAUUAUCAAGCACCUUGCGCCCCUGAUGAACAUAAACAUAUAUGUGGAGCAGAUACUUUCAUGGAGGGAACUCUUGAAAGCUUGCCCAAAUUUUCAGACAAUGUAAUGAUGCUAGAUUUCUCGUAGGAUCUAUGAUACAUUUGCCUCAAAUUUGCCUGAAUUUUCUUCAUUUUUUCCACCGUUUGGGUGGCAAGGAAAUUUUGUAGGAAAAAAGGAAUUUUUCGUUUGUGUAUGUCCUUUGUUAAAAUCACCUGGAAUCAACAGGUGCGCAUGAUGUUUAUUCCUAGUGAUGCACUAAUAUGGAAAUUUAACAAUAUUCCGAACCGAUCUUCGCCGAUACCACCGGAAUUUUAUAUCACUUUGAAAUUCACAAAUAGCAAUUGGACGUGGAAAGCUUGUCAUCACUAAGAGUCGAGAGCCAAUCAUGGCCAAUCAUGCAUGAAAACUUACCAUGAAAACAAACUUACCUUUCAAUAUUUAGAACUGCUCAUUUUACAUUUUGGAAAAUGAAAUCUUCUGUUGUUCCCCACGUUUAAUUUUGGUUGGGGAAGCAAUGAUUUGCCCUGGGUAUAAGCUGCUGUGGCUUCGAGACCAGGAUUACAUGCCAUACUCAUUGAAAUGAACAUAACCGCACUUUGCAUGCGUGGAAAGACUGGGACUGGCCUUCAAGUUUGGCUUCAAAUUUCUGGUUGGAGGUUGCGUUUCGGUUAUAUUCAUUUCAAUGGCCAUACUAGCGAGUUACAGUAAGCAAACAAUCUUUGACAAUAUACAUCAGGACAAUCUAGUUUUUACAUGCAUUCAGGUGCAUUGUACCAUUUCUUCAUGCAUGCAUUUAUUCAUUCCGCCCUGCCUCCCCCACUCGUUUCAAUGUUGGCGUCUUGCGGUGAUUUUUGUGGGCGCAACAUUGAACUGGGGGAACGGAGGGCGCCUUUCAAAUUGUAUGAAAUUACAGCAAAUGUCCCAUAGUUUUUUCCUGUUUCCACCAGGUGAAUCGCACGAAGCGAAAGCAAACGUCGGCGAUGUGAUUGGUUAGGGAAUUGAAUAGACUUUUUUAAUCAAGUCGCGACUUAUUUUCUCUUGUGUGAAAGGUCGUCUGCAUUUCAUUUAUCCAAUAUAACAAACUUUGACCUGUAUUUUCUAGAACCGGAAACCCCUCCAAGCCGGAUUAGCUGUAACGUAAUUGGCUCCAAAGUUGUGGUAUCGUGGCGAGAACCAACCAAACCGAACGGCCGGAUCCGUCAGUACCAUGUUGUGUGGCUUGGUGCUAAAAACGAAGCAUUAAAAAUAGAGUUCAAAAGAGAAGAACCUGCCACAAUUUUUACAGAGAUUAAACCAUUGUCAUGUGAGAUGAGUAAUGUUAAAAGAGAUUCCAAGUUUGUGGUGAAUAUUAGUGCUGAGAAUUCUGCUGGGCAAAGUCCGUGGGGACGUUGUAUUGUGGACACCACUAAGAUACCUACAGGUAAGUUCAUUUGAUCCCUUAUCAUUGGCCAACGUUCUAGCAUGGAUGAUAAUAUAGAUGAAAAGAUUAUUGAAUUAAGAGCAGCUUAGUUCAAAUCUUCCGAUAGCAACAGUGUUUCAAGUGCUUUUCAGAGCCAUCGUGAGAAAAACCUAAGAUGUCUAUGGUGUUAAUUUUAUGUUAGUCGUAUUUGCAGUUUUGAUGCACCUUCUGAUGGUGUCUGCCGGUUAACCACACCAAACGUUUUAUUCUACGUAAUUAAAUUUGUUGUUGUUGCUAGCUCUCCUGGUUGCUGUCGGUCAGUCAAUAGUUGCGCUACGUUAUAUUCUCUGCAUAUACAAGCGUGAAAAAUUCAUUGGUAACUCUAUAUUUCUAGUUCCCACGAAGAAAAAAGAGCCUAAUGGGGCGACCACGGGAGACAUCAAGAAGGGAAUAAUCAUCGGCUGCAUUAUCAGUGUUUUGCUGCUGUUUAUUUUAAUUACGUUCGUUUGUUGGAGCGGGUAAGUCAUAUUAUUAUCAUCUCACUCUUACCCCACUUCACAUCAUCUCAUCUCCUGACCAGCUCUACCUUAUCUAUUCUCAUUUCGUGUUUAUACCAUCUCAUCCUUGGCCCAGUGGCGUAACGGUGGAAGAGUGGGCAUAUUUGGUGUGGGGGCCCCCUGUUGGCUGUUGUCAUUGUUUGACUGAGAUAUUACAUUUAUAUUGAAUAUUUAUAGAAUGUUCUGAAAAAUUCCCUGUCUAUAACAAUAGCAAUAACAGUCUCCAACACAUGUAACAACUAAUAAGAAUAACUUUAGUUUUAUUUGAGAUGGAAUAAAAAAAAAUAGCAAAAUAGCUACCGUUGUCGAUGAAGGCUUUAUUAUUUAGCAUUAUUAACUUUUUUACGUUUUCUAAUUUUCUGGGCGAUAGGCCGCGUGGCUGAUGGGGACCCCUAACUGUCGGGGCCCCUUAGUUUUGAACCAACCCUACCCAAUGAGCGUUACGUCACUGAUCCUUGCUUCCCCCGCCUUUACCCAGCCCCCCCCCCCCCUCGGUGCUGCUUUAUGUUAUAUGUCAUUUACAUAUUUACAUAUUGGUGAGAAAAUUGAACUUAAAUUAUGUAAAUCAGCAUGGUUUUGUAUUCAAUAUACAAACUCCUUCACGGUCAUGAUUUCUUCAUCAAUUAAUAAUGAGUUUCACAUUCUUAUUAUUUUAUCUUUUAAAUAUAUAUCAACACUCUAAUAUAUACAAUCAUAGACUGGUCACGUUCACACUGCGCCUGGGCGAACUAAUUACGCCAAAUAGUGUUCACAUUAGCCAUCGUCAAGCCUCCAUCAACGCCCAAAUAAUUGCACAAAUAAUUGAAUGUUUGUUUUUCUUGUCAUGCGAACGUGCUAUUCAAUUUGUGAGAUAUUAUGCUACAGAAUACUGUUCCUGCCAGGAAGAAUCUCGUACUUUUCUUACAGUUUGGGCUUAUUCAACAUUUCUACAAUUAGGGUUUUUACUGUUGGCUUUACUAGCCAAUCUCUGCUGUUCUAGUGAGGUCACACGUGCCAAAAGCGCAAAUACUCAUCAAAAGAUUUUCAAAGUCCAGAGGACAAAGCAAGUUAGCUAUUUUGAAAUUACGCGCAAAAAUGCUGCAUUAUUUCUUAGGCCUGAAUUCUAAAGUGGAGCAAAAUAAAGACGGAGUCACUGUUCACACGAAGCCGCCAAACGCUUCGUUUCAUUUCUUUCCGUGCUCAAAUUGUUACGGCAAAAUUGACCUUUUCAAACCAUUUCGCUGCGACAUAGUGUGAACGCGACUGUGACCUUCAAAUGUAUAUGUCUCUAAUCGGUUCUUUAUCACCUCUACAGACGCCGAAGACAUAAAAAGCGCAGCCAGUUGAGAGAGAAUGGUAUUCCAUACCGUAGUCACUAUCCCGAUACAGUCAGCACUGAAGCCAGCGAACUAUCCACCAAACAACAUCAUCAGAUUGUAAAGAAAUACAUUGAUGAAGGUAAACGAAACUUUUUGACACAGCUAUAGCGAACUUAGAAGACAUAUUUACAUUGUUCAUCCGUGGCGUGGUUGCUCAUUUUUCGCACAAUUUGCCCUGUUAGUUUAUUAUUAUCUUUACAUUUAAGCAGCAUACCGCGUCACCGUAGUGUUUUUGUUGUGCUUCAAAACGUGUCAACGAAAAGUUCGUAAAGGACAAAUUGUGAAUUAAACUUAAUAAUUCCUGUAACGUACAGUAUCAAGCGAGUAAAAGCAGACCAUAAACACGGCUAGAUUAUAAAUUAAUAUCUGCAUUACAAUAAUUACAUGAAUGUGAUUGGGAUAAGUCGAUAAAAUAUACUUUCAAACUGAACCACGUUUCAAUUUUGUUUCCAGAAACGAGUAAAGAGUCGGACCGUGGCGUAGGAAUGGUGAGUUUUUAAAUGUUGAAUCAAUAAAUGAACUGUAAUUAAUAAUAAUUAAUAUCCUAUAAUUAGUAAUUAACUGUACAGUAGUAAGUUACUAAUUGCUUAUUUCAUGUUCUAUCCUCUUUCAGACUCCGAAAAGCAGUCGACUGUAUUUGGACAGUGAUAAAAUGCCGUUUCUUCCGAGAGCUGCCAAUCAAGAUGGAAGGUAUGUGUAUUGUGUUCUAACUUCAAAUGAUAACAAAUCAAUUAAAAAUUGUCGUCUACGUGAAACCCCGGCCCAUUCAAAUCAUCGCAACGUCAUGCAACAUCGCUGUGCGGUAUGUUUGAUAAAAAUGUCCAACAUGGCUGGAAAAAGUAUCGACAGGACCAUUUCGUCCCAGAAAGUUGUUAAGUUUCCAGAAAAUUUUGGAAUGAAGGAAGAAAGAUGUCAAGAAAGAAUGAAUGAAAAGUAAUUUAAGAAACAACAACGCAAAUAUAUUUGAGAGGGAGAGAUGAGAGGACUAAUGUAUAUUGCAAAUGUGAUGUCCAAAAAGGCUUGGGCGGAUAAGUUGUUUAAUUAAACAAUGAAUAGUAUUUGCCUAUGGCAUUUAUGCUUUGUUUUUCGUUUUUGCCUAGUUAGCUAACAUGCCCAAAUAUUGCAGAAAAUGUCUUUCACAAUCCUGAUUUUGAAUAAAGACAACCCUGAUUCAAGCAGCCCGCAUUACCAAACGUAGUUUUCAAAACAAACGCAACAAUGAUGUAUGAAACAACGUUGGUUGAUAUUGGACCAACGUGUGGGUAGGCAGUUGCGAUAUUGAAAAAAUCGUUAUAUCGAUAUCGAAAAAAAAUAUCGAUAAUAUCGACUAUAUCGAAUUAUGCAAAUGAGAAAAUGUAAUUUAGUCAACUUGCAUGUAUACGCAUCACAAACAGUUAAAAACAGUGCAUGAAACCAGUCAUGGUACGUCUCAAAGAUUUAUUAACAACAGUUUAUCCGUUUAUGAAAGUUUAAAGAUAUAUUUACAAGGCUAAUGGUUUCACAGUACGUUUGUUCGCAAUUGCCGCCAUACACACAUUGUCUAAACUUCACCGGUGAAAACAAUAAUUGCCGAAUAAUGGGAGAUUCAGUUGUUUAGUAACAACUUUCGAUAUUUUCGAUAUGGGAAAAAUCGAAUAUCGAUAUUUUUGAAAUAUCGAUAUUUAUCGAAACUGCCUACGUGUGGGACUGGGCUUUACUGUCAUCAGAUAAAAAUGAUCGCCAGAUUUCUUCAAUUUUGUUGUUUUGUCAUGUUUAGUGUUGAUACUUCAUGUGAUAGCCAAGAUAGUGGUGUGCAAGGAUUGGGGAGUAAAUGUAAGUGUUACUAAACUGUUUAUGACUUGGUCAAUAUUUCCCAAGUAUACAUGACUGAAGAAAACGUGGAAAUACAUACCUAGCGAUAAGAAGAAACUAUUAUGUAAGACUAUUCCAGGCUGCGGUAAUACGUGUACCGGAGGUGCGCUAAUAUUGUGUUCUGGUACUCCCUUGUUUUCAGUCAUGUACCAUAUAGUGUACAGAGAACUCUAUUAUCUGCGUACUUACUUUUUGCUGGUACCAUAUGUCCUUUCCUAACUAAGGUAUUCAAUAUCGUAACUUAUAGUUGGUAUAUGUGUAAGUCUGACAUGCCUUGGCACGAAACAUGGCUGGAGUGAUGGGACAAAGGAAUGUUGGAGUCGAUUGUUUAUAUAUGCAAUUGUGCUUCUUGUCCUAACUCGUAGUUUGAAUACCUUUCAAAACCUUGUACUUUAUGUACUCUAUUUUAAAGAGUCGGUACACAUUGAGUUUGUACUAGCGCUCGUACGCGGUAACAGUCAUUGGCGUACCAGUCAGGUACGACUAACAAUCUUGAAUUAUCGCACCCUGACUAUUCAUAUACAGUGGCUGCACUUGAAACUCAGGUUCGUCCUCAUUCGGCACAUGCUGACCUCAAAAUCCUUUCAAAAAUUAUCCUGUAUUAAUAUUCAGACUAAUUUACGUUUAUCAUCUAUUACAGUUUCACCAGCUCAAGUGACGCUAAAAGAUCCUGAUAAAACACCAGUACGUAUCAUAUCUACAGUAUCAUCCCUGCAGAAUAUUUAUGAAAUCCGCUUUGAUCCAGCAUGAUUUUGUAGAGGGAAGAUGGGGGCUUCUGAUAGGGUCCCUACCAUCAACAGGUUUUGGGUUUGGUUUAUUGUAACAAGGAAAUGAGUAAAACUAAGUAAUAAAUUUUCUAAAGAACCAGUCACUAAUCCCUUCUGUUUAGAGUGCCACUAACUCUAAAUAUUAUUUUUGGCGUGUGUAGUAUGUGGAUCAUUCCAUGAAGAAAUGUUAUAUAAAUUGCGGAUAUCCUGUCAUCAGAUAAAUUUUUGGAGCAAAAUACAAAGGAAAUAUAAUUUGCAUUUCAUCUAAUGACAUAUAAUAACUGGUAAAUUCUACAGUUAAAAAGUUGACCAACAUGAGGUUUAUACUAUGAAUAUGUAUUACAUUUCUUAGAAUGGCCCAAAUAUUACACAUACAAAGAACAGGUUUGGAUUUAGUUUUACUUCCAAUUUUUCUCCAGUCAAAAAUCAAAACAAAGACUGGCUAUAAGCAUACCACAUGUGAGAUUAAAUUGUUGUAAUACACAAUACAAAUAUUCACACUUUCUGUUCCAUUUAAUUUAAUGUUUCACGGAAUUCCCCAACGGAGGCCGAUGUCUGACUAAAUCUUAAAAUUUCCAACCAAAUUUCAUUUUACCCGGAAUUUUUUCCUGAACCAGCUUCAAACCGCUUCGCUAAUCUUAGAUUACCAUUCUUUAACGUUGUUCGUAUUUGUCUUGCAGUUACGGUCAGAAGAAGAUUGUGAUGCUGAAACGAUUUUUUGACGACCAUGAUCUCAUUCAAACUAUACCCAAUCACAUUGCUUGUUGGCAAGUACCAUACGAAUAGAAAUAUUUUUAUACACUGUAUUUACUAUCCUUUGCUUGGAUAGAUAUUUCAGUUCGGUCUGAUCUACGGAAAGCAAAUUUAUAUAUUUGAGAUAUUUAUGACAGAAAUCCGCUAGCUAUAUAUUAAAUUUCGUAUUAAGAGAUAUUGUUUUCGUAUAGAACUAGAUUUAUUCUCUAGUGCAUGACGUAUAUUCACUUUCUAUUUAUUGUAAAACACGUUCAGAUAUAUACUGUAGAUUGCCCACGUCAAGAUGUGUGGUCGCGCGUGCGCAACUCAUUAUGGCGCAAGCACGACUUUCUAGAAGGACUAAUAUUGUAGUUAACAGCACAACCAGGUCGUCGUACAUUACACCAUAGAGGAUUGGGUAGACAGAAAUUUAAAGAAAUUUCUAAAACCCACAUUUCCUGGAAAAUUCUUGAUUUUGUCUUUUUGAAAUAACAUUUCCCGCAUUCAGACGGCACUCUUGAGAUAAAAUACAGGUUUUUAAUGGGGGUGUUGAAGAAUAUGUAGUACAACGAUCAAGUACUUUCUUCCUUUUACAGUAAACUAUUCACAUUUGCCACAAUUUCUUAACUAUGUUGCGAAAAAUUUAGUUAUGGAGAAAAAGUGAGUUUUUACUACCAUAUAUGUCGGUGGUAGAAAAGUGCUUGUAUCGUCUCUUAUUAGCUAUUAACCAGAGCAUUUCGGCGCAUUUUUAGCAUAUGAUUAACAAAAGAACCUCUAGUAAAGGCCCAUUGUCCCAACAAUGCUGGAAGAUGUUGAUCACAAGUUUGUUUGAAGUGACGAGAUCAGUCCUGAUCUCCAACAUGAGACAACAUUGCCAGCAUCCAAGCAUGCAUAAUGUACAUACAAGACAUACCUGUUUAAGAAAUUAGAGUCGUAAUCGAAAGACUGUGUUUAGGGGCUGUAUGACCAUGGUAUAACCCCGCUGUUUUUAACUACAAUACAAUUCCAUGUUCUUUAUAGUAGCCAGAUAAUAAUAAUAGUAACCAUAGUAACACACAUAUCACGUCAUCAUCUCGUGUAGAAAACCCAAUAGCUUCCCCAAUCUUUCACUUCGUUCUCUUUUCGUAAACAUUUUCUAGAUUUUUUUUACAUUUAUUCUUUUCAACACUAUAAACGUGUUGACAAGUACAGUCCGAGCUAGUGUUUGUCCUUCGUGCUAAUGAACACCUAAUAAGCAGCAGACGUUUUUGUACCCAAUUUUCUCUAGAUAGUAAUUUUUUCUUUUUUUCCUUAUUUUUAUUUUCCAUAAGUUUGGAUCAUACGGGAAAUCUUAUUCCACUCGUCUGACAGAUGUACUGUAUGUGACUCGCAUGAAAUACUACAGAUGCCAUUUCAUGUUUUUUGAAAUGGUUAAUCUCUCAUAAACCACCGACACACCUAAAACACCCAGUUAAGUGUUUCGAAUUGGUUUAAAUUAAACACAGCCUUUACAAUUGCUUAAAACAUUUACUUCUAUUUCGACCCGUUGUCAUCAUAAGUCGCUUAACGUUACGUUAUUUAACGUCAUUAUUUUAAAGUCAUUGCCCCAAUGACGUUAUACUAUAUGUAAAGUCACCACUACAGUUCUGUCAGAAGAGACUUCACCUCACCAUCAUUCACCACCAGACCAGCUCAUGAGCUGCAUCGAUCCACCCUGAGAGUAUUCAAAUCCCCUUAUUUGUACAGAUAUUAUUAUUUAACACAAAUUUUGUAAAUAUCUUAUAUUAUUCAUGCAUUGUCAAAUUCCAUGUGAAUGAUUUUGUCGCAUUUGUAGAAUUCAAAACUUUGACAUUCUAAAAUCUCGUAGAGUCAAAACGCCUUCCAAAUAACUCGAUUUAUUAAACGAGGGUGAGAGUGCAUGAGAGUUGGCAAUCGCUCGACCUCGGUUAACUGUUCUUAAUGCUUUCCCAACACUAUCAUUUAUUCUAUUUUAAGUUCAAACACUCAUUAAUAAUUCAUAGGCUUAUUGGCGAAUCAUGUCAACCAUAAUAUGUCACGCGAAGAGGCUUUAGGGCCACUCCAAAUUAGACUUUAGUUUCCCGUCCUCCGCCCGCGUCACCUAGAACUGGCCGCAUGAUUUGUCCAUUAUUGCGAAGUUGUUUCCAUUAUUUGACUUUUGUGACAAACAAUUACGAAAAACCACAGUUUUCAAAUAAUCUGUACAUAUUUAUGAUACAACACGUAAAAAUCGAAAUAAAAUUCUUGAAACUUUUAUCAAAGAGCGUGAAUUUUUUCCGUUUUCACUACGAACUGCUGAGCUACACACUUCCGUUACAAGUUUUGAUUUUUGAACGUCAAAACCGAUAAGGUUAAUAUCCUGGCUUUCAUUUCUGCAUACAAAAACUUUAAAACAUUGCGUAGAAACGUGACUGAAUGGAUAUUUAAAACGAGUAUCUAUUUCAUGAAAUAAUGGGCCGUGUUUCAUCUUAAUGAUAAUGGAAAUGGACCGCCCGCCCGCGUGUAAUUUGAAAUAAGGGCCGGACGGGAAACUAAAGUCUAAUUUGGAGUGGCCUUAUACCUGAUAAAACUCAUCUUCAUUAGUAUUCUUUACAUAAAAGUCCAUCCUAAUUAGUGUUCUUUAUGUACUAUUUAAAACAUGAGCAGCAGUGUUUUAUCAGAUAUAAAGAUACGAGGCGAAGCCGAGUAUCUUUAGGUCUCAUAAAACACGCACUGCGAAUGCUUUAAAUUGCUUCAAAAACGAUCGAUCUAGUAAGUUCGUGGGCGAAGUAAUUUUUAAAAAAUACGUUGUGUAAGUCGAGAAAAUCAGAGUUAAAGUUUAUGUAAAUCAAGGGAAAUGUCUAUCACAUAUAAAGAUACGACGCUUAUAAUUUUCUUUGUGUUUUCCUCAUGAAUUAUUAAUGAGACGAAUACUAAUGAGACAGCAUCUAUUGUAGUCGUGUUUGAAGCUAUUCAAAACACUUGUAUAGUUGUCAUAUCUAAAAUGCUUAUGCUUGAUUUUGUUCAUCUAGAGCUUUAAAUGCCCCCCGUAACAAUUGCGUGACUGCCAACUCGCAUUCUCGUUUGACAUUGAUUUCCCAACUUAGACGAGUUUUGUCUGGAUAUUAAUGCUUCAUAGUCGUGAAUUAGGACAUGUAAAUAAAAUAAAGGCCACGCUAGUAUACUGGGCAAGUUUUGCCGCAUCCUGCAAGUAUCUGAACGAAUUUCUCUGAAUAUAUUCGGUUUAUUGGAAGUAUCGCGUUGCAAAAUGGUGUAAAACUUGUGCAGUGUAAAGCACUAAUGCGCCUUGUGUCAUAGUAUUUGAAUUUUGUAAUAAAAUUGAACUAUCUUAAUAAAAAUAAAUAAAAUUGUGGAACAUAUCGUUUGUGUAUGUUCUUUUCAUCAUUCUCACAGUUGUGCCAAUAGAAGCGUUCCGAAUAAUGUUGACCAGUU